AUGGAGUCUGUCAGCCAUCUUCCUGCAAUUUUAUGUUGCUUUCUCGGAGUAUUGGGUCUCCACUUCAUUUAUAAACGUCUCUCUAGUCCGCUCGCACGGCUUCCGGGCCCGGCGAUCUCUAACUGGACCGAUCUUGUCUAUAUACGAUAUUGGUUCGCCGGGAAGGUCCCGUACUAUGUUCACGAUCUGCAUGAGAAAUAUGGUCCAAUCGUCCGAAACGGGCCUAAUAGAGUCGACAUUUGCGACAUCGAUGCCGUGAAGGAAAUACACAAGACUAACUCGCGCUUUCUCAAGUCACCUUGGUAUCGAACGCUCCUACCAAAUGGCAUGGAAAACGUCUUCUCGACCACUGAUCCGCAUUUCCAUUCUCACCGCCGCCGUCUAUUGGCAUCGCCGAUCUCCGACACGUCACUGCAUCAGCAUGAAGAUUUAAUUACAGGCCGGGUGAAAAUGACGAUCUCAAGAAUGGCAGAAGAGAUGCAGGACCGUGGCACAACUGACGUGUUUAAAUGGUGGCUGUUCAUGGCGACAGACAUUAUCGGGGAACUUAGCUUUGGAGAAUCGUUCCGCAUGCUCGAAGCUGGCAAGAAAACCCAGUACACCUUGGAUCUGGAACGGAUCGCAAGCCUCCAACCGAUUCGAACAACAUUCCCUAACCUGGUCUACUUUGGCAAAUAUCUGCCUUUGCCAGUCUUCAAGCGCACCAUAAAAACCGGGAAGCGAAUGAUCUCAUAUACAAGCCAGUCCAUCGACCGAUACAAUAAAAUGAUCACCGAAAAUCCCUCCAACCCGAAGAAGACGCUCUUUACCAAGUUGUUUGACACCGAGAAGGGCGGCCUUACUCCUGAAGAGAUCAAGAAUGAGGCUCAAGGGUACAUCGUUGCAGGAAGUGAUACCACUGCUGUUACUUUGACCUACCUUACCUACGCUGUCUGUGGAAACAAGCAGAUUCGAGACAAGCUGGUUGCCGAGGUGGCAGCGUUGUCUGAGCCGAUCCAUGACAACGACCUUCGGAGUUUGCCUUACCUCAACAUGGUCAUCAGCGAGACCCUUCGUCUUCACACGGCCGUUCCUUUUGGUCUCCCUCGUGCUGUACCUUCAGGAGGGGCUAGUUUCAAAGGAUACUUCCUUCCGAGCGGAGCGACGGUGUCGACUCAGUCUUAUAGUCUACACCGGGACCCGACAGUCUUUCCCGACCCAGACACGUUCAAUCCCGAGAGAUGGGAGAACCCGACCAAGGAAAUGAAGGAUAUUUCCAUUCCAUUCGGCGGUGGAUCGCGCAUCUGCAUCGGAAUGCACCUGGCCCGCAUGGAACUUCGCCUAGGAUCAGCCCUGUUUUUCCGAGAAUUCCGAAAUGCUCAACGAUCCAACAAAGAAGAGAUGACCGAAAAGGACAUGGAAAUGCAAUCCUUCCUCUUGAUGGCACCAAAGGGGCACCGCUGUCUGAUUGAAACGAACUGA